AUGAUGUCCGACCUCAAGCACAUUUGUCAGGACAUUCACGAAGAGAUUUUUGUGCCUGGUCCUGGGAUGAAAGGCUCCGAGCUUCGGGCCGAGCCUUUGUUCCUUUGGUACGAUUAUUUCUCCUGCCCGCAGCUUGACAAGAAUGACUUCUCCAAGGCCAUCGACUCCAUCCCAGCUUACAUUGCCAAUUCCGCCUUCUUCUUUGUCCUUGCUCCGGUGAUUGAGUCUCCAAGAAUGUCCAUGGUUUUCACAUCUGCGACCUGGGCUGACAGGGCAUGGUGUCGUGUGGAAAGGCUCUGUAGAGAGCUUUCGCCAGAGGGUUCCUACAUCAUCAUCAAGGACAAGAAGCACUUUGAGGUGGCUUCCUCAUGUGUCGGUUCCUUUGUAACUCCUCCAGGCGAGGGAACAUUCAAAGUGGCCGCAGACAGGGCCAAGCUUGGCCCAGUACUCCAGAAAGCUUUGCAGAGGAAGUUGUUGAUUCUGUUGGAGAUGCAAGAUUUUGUGGGCUACCGCGUGCUGCUCAACCUGCAGCCCGUCUUGCUACGAGGUUUCAAGGUCCAGCCAUCAUACGCUAUGAUCCCGUCCAACAGGGAGAUCAGCUCGAAGCUGGAUGUGGCAUCCCAUGCGGUAGCGGAGUUCUUGUUUCAGAACGGUUUCUGCACGGUUAACGAGGUGGACAGCUGUGGAUGGUCACCGUUGCACUACGCUGCCCUUCGUGGAGAACCUUUGUUGAUCCAAAGCCUGCUGGAACAGAGAGCAGACAUUGAUUGCAAGACCAAGAAAGCCAACAGAAAGCACGGAGCGAUGAAAGGCAUUGUCUCUUUGGAUUUGUGCAUGCGCCAUGGCAACAAUGAAGCCGGUCGCCUGCUCAUUUCUGCAAAAGCCAGCGUGGAUAGCUGUUGGCUGGUGCCACAUGCAAGCAUUGGAGACAACGCGGAGGGCGUGCGUAUGCUGUGUGAGGCUGGCUGCAGCCCUCUUGCUAGGGACCCGCUGGGCACACUGGCAAUCAGCGUCGCUUGCACCUUUGGGUCCAUCAAUGCCCUGGAGGAGCUUGUUACCCAAGCAGGACACUCCUUGGAAGCGGCUGAUCUGGCUCAGGCCAUGUUUUUUGCCGUGACUUUGAAGGGUCGCGGAGAGAUUGUCCAGCGCCUGAGUGAUCUGCGGGCAGAUAUAAAUGCGCAAAGAGACGUCAAGAUGUUGAGCCCGCUUGGACUGAUCAAUAUGAUGAAGUCUCUCGAGUACAGGCUGGGCCGGGUCACGCCCCUUACACGGUUGAGCUAUCAUACGCAGGGGUGUACAGCCCUGAUGGCUGCCAUCAUGAUGGGGCAUUAUGACAGUGCGGCUAUCCUCGUCGCAGCAGGGGCGCGGAUAGAUCUCUGCACUGCUCGCGGGCUUACGGCCGCGGACUUUGCCAAAGAGCAGACGAUACCUGAUUUCGUAAGGCAAGCUUUGGAAGGCAGCCGAGAGGCAUGUGUGACAGUGGCACACAUGGCCCAAGAUGGGGGCUUGAUUGAGGUGCUCUUGUGA